UAGCAUAUGAUGAUUUAGAAUUUUAAUAAAAGUUUGACAACAGAAUGAUAGAUGAGAAAAGUAAUGAAUAUUUUCGGUCAUUUACUUGGUUAAGUGUUUCAAUUUGGCUGGGUCAUUUACUUGGUUAAGUGUUUCAAUUUGGCUGGUAGACUGAUGAUUGCCACCUUUAAACAAAGACAUAAUUUGGUUCGAGGAUAAUCUGGAGAUGGCAAGUGCCAAGAGGAUAAUUUGGUGAGAAAAUGUUGAUAAAGAUAAUUAAAGCUGCAGAUGAACAAUUAAGAAUUGAGGAAGGAAUGCAUGUAUGUAUGGUAUAGGCGCUACGAAUGCAAAGUGGGCAAUCAAGUUCCCUGAGACCAAAUGAAAUGAAAGAUAAGGGAAAGGUCCCUUGCUGUGAGUUUGAGUCGGAAAGCAAAACAACAAAAUUAAACCAAAAGCCGUCCCUAAACCAAUUCAAACAAGAAAAAUGACAUUGUAAUUACCAAUCAGUCGAACUUUCACAUAGGCCUGCACAAACAAUGCAAAACCUCACCAUCUUCCACAUUUCCUCUUACCCUAUAAAAGCACCCCAUUUUAUACAACAUUUCUCACCAUCCAAGCGGCGUUCUAAGCAAAUUGAAUCAAAUUUAUACUUGUCAAACUCCAUGGCCAUCCAUAAAGCAUUCCUUACGGUAAUUAUCUCAGUCGCCUUAUCCCAGAUGGCUAUGGCCGGAGACCCUAACAUCCUCACCGACUUCAUAGUUCCCUCCAACGUUACUUCCGUAGAUGGAAACUUCUUCACAUUUACAGGCAUGCGUGCCCUAGUUGAUGCAGCUCCUCCUACAGUCUUCAAGGUCUCCAAAGCAAGCUUGGUUGAGUUUCCAUCUCUUGAUGGCCAAAGUGUAUCCUAUGCGGUCCUUCAAUUCCCUGCCAGUUCUACAAACCCUCCACAUACACAUCCUCGAUCUGCUGAGCUCCUUUUCCUUGUUGAUGGUUCUCUUCAAGUAGGUUUUGUGGACACCACAAAUAAGCUCUUCACCCAGAGCUUGCAAGUAGGAGACCUGUUUGUGUUUCCAAAGGGACUUGUUCACUUCCAGUUUAAUGCUGAUCCACAGAAGACUGCUUUGGCAAUUUCUGCAUUUGGAAGUGCAAACGCAGGGACUGUUUCUCUUCCAAACACUUUGUUUACUUCUGGGAUUGAUGACAAUGUGUUGGCUAUUUCUUUCAAAACUGAUGUUGCCACCAUUCAAGCUCUCAAGGCUGGUCUUGCCCCUAAGCCCUAAUUAAGCCUACCUAUCUAGCUAGUUGGUAUUUUAUAUAUGCAAACUGUUUUGAAUUUUUGCAUUUGAAUAAUUUCCUUUCCAUACGAUGAAAAGGCUGUGUGUGACCUUGAUGUACCAGUUGGGAUUUGCGAUUUAUUACAUUUUCUAAAAUAUAUUUUUUUAAUCAUUAUACAAGCAGUAA